AUGCGACAACGCGUGAAUUACGUCACGCCCGGCGCGCGUGAAGAGGCCAAGAAUACUGUACUAUUGUAUGACGUAUUGUGUGCUGACCACUCGAAAGGAACCCAAAUCAGCAUCUGUCAAAAAAACACAUCAGAGUUGAAAAAAAGCGAUAAGAAAAAACGGGGGAAGAAGAAGGCCAAGAGAAAAAGUAAAAGGAAAAAGAAGAGAAAGAAAAAGAAAAAGGAGGAGACCGAGUGCGAAAUUACGAAGGCCUGGAGAUGUUUGGUACGUACGUGGUGCAUCGAAUUUCUCUUCAAGAUCUGUUGCUGCUCGAAGAACCUUGAUUCGUCAUCAACUGUACGUCCUUGCACCGACCCAUGUUGCUGUUGCUCUCACUGCAAGUGUCGUUUUUGCGGACCCGGGAGCGAUAGCAAAUAUGUCCGAUGCGACGGGUAUGAGGAAUCCGAUCCCGUGGCCUCGUCGGGACGCGAGAGCGUUGAUCUUCACAAUUCCGUGAAUAAAGUCUCAUCGUGUCGUACCAAAGAGAAAAAUAAAAAAAGGCGAAAAUCCAAGACACCGAAAAAAGUUGAGUCACCGAGUGACGAAACGGAUGAUCAUUUCGUCUUUAUUCCUUGUCCGGGAAAAUCGAUGGAUGCUUCCAACGAUCGAGUCGAUAAUGGAACCAUUGAGGAAAAUACUGAUAAGAAGACGGGAAGUUCAACGAAAUGUUGCUCCUUUCUGGGAGCCACUAAAAAAUCCCGAUCUCCGGCGAAAUCAUCAAUAAAAAAGAAAACGAUGUUAGAGGAUAUAAAUACGAGUGAAUCGAUGAACGAGAACGGUUGCUCAUGCAGAAGAACGGAUGUGAAACCGCCGUCGACAAAACACUGUAAAUUUCAAGAGACUAAAAUUUGUGAAUGCGAGACGAACACUUCGUACGAAAACCUUAACGAGGGUAAAACGAAGAAAGCUCUGCACAUAAUGUUCGAUAUACUAUUCUGGCCGCACACAUGCUUGCCCAAACGAAGUAACGCCGGAAAUAAAAAGAAGGAAAAAAUUUCAUAAAUCGAUAUUUUCAAGGUGCUCAACUCUGCUUGGAGCAAAAAACAAAUGCUUUAUAAAGAAUAUUUAUAUCGAAGUAGUAGUAAUUUUAUUUAUAUACUUACAUACAUAGUUUAGUAUCGACUAACGAUUGAAAUUGAUUGAAACCGAGAAUUUGGGUCUGUGAAUAUUUAAAAAAAAUGACCUUCGCUUUUAUCUUAUUUAAUUAUACGAUUUUUUUUCGAGUUUA